AUGGAAAUUGAGCUGCGUGAAGAGCGUCUCGCCGACUACUCGAAGCAGCGUGCGGAUGGGACCGUUAGUCCCAACAGCAGUGCGAGGCUGAACCUAGACGAUUCCAGCCGGAACCCCAAGCUGCCCAAGCAGCCCAAGAAGGAACAAAAUGCCCCUGUCGACUUGUCGCCCAGUCGAAAGCUCAAUAAUGCCAUUUCGGCUACGGAGUUCUUGCUGAGUCUCCCCUUGGAAGGGGAUGGCAACAAGAUGGACGAUGACUGUGACGACAACAGUUCUGUUUCCUCUUUGGGCAGUAGCUUUCUCUUGACGGAAGAAGACAUUGUCAUUGAGGUAUCGGAGAACUUGUCUUGCUCAGAGCGCCUUCGUCUGUCCAUGAGGUCUCUUUCCAAGCAAAACAGUAGCAAGGAUCUUAAGUUCUCGUCCAGUUUCAGGUCGAUGGCCUCUUCGGGGAAUAACUCCAUGAAAAGGAGACCAUCACUGUCUCGCUCCAAGACGGCUGAUUCUGUCGUGACUAACGGUAGUCAACGAUCACUGACGUCCUUGUUUCGAGAUGGAGACGACCAUGACGGGGCAGAGAGCAGUACGGGACAUCACUCCAGGGGUAGCAUCAAUUUUCCUUUGAGAAGGACAUUGAGCAACGGAAAACGCUUUGAAAGGACACCAUCACAACGAUCCUUGGGUAGCACAGAUCGAUUACGCCUGUCGUUGAACCGGCAGAUGCUUUCCAAAGAUGAAGCGGCUGCUGCCAGGGCCACCAUGGAUGAUUCUCAGCUAUCAAUGAGCGCAUCUGAAGUCAAUCAUGUGCCGCCCCGUCGGACACUCUCGGCGGGGAACUUGCGGUGUGCUUCCAACCAACGAGCUGCAACGCGAUCUGCGCAUUCCAACCAUGCAAUGCGUCAGAAUGCCAGACACAUAGCAGGCCAAGACGACAUCAGUGUCAAAUCGCGAAAUAGCAAAGGCAACAACUCGGCCAAAAGUUGUAGUUCCCUGUCCUCUAGAUCAACGAAGAAGGAGGUCAAUCAAAGAAAGGCACGCCGUCGACGGUCGAUAAGUCGGAUAGACGGCUCAGCUACCUCUCGACGUUCCAACACAGCUAUAUCUCCGUCUCGGCGUUCUCCAAACCGGUCCCCGCGACGGAGCACAAGCAAUCUCGUGGACAGCAUCCCUCUUCAUGUGCAGGCCAGGCGCCGAAUAUCUCAGGCUGAGAUUGAUGCCAUACAUAGAAACUUACUGGCUUCUCUUGCCAAGCCAAACCUCUCUCGUUCCGUGUCCCUGGAAUCACCCCUGAAGAGGUGCCUCGCUGCACCCCAGGGGUGCCUUAAGAAAGGUUCGCACUACGGGGACUCAGUCAUGUCGGAAAACAGUCUCAUGGAUGACAGCUUUUGGUCGAUGAUGUCUACAGAAGAUAAAGAGCAACAAGCAUGUCGUCGUCGCUCGAGCUCUCAGUCGCUUCGCACCUUGGAUUUGGCAGUUCAGCCAACAGCCCGACAAAGUCAUCCAGCAGCAAACAAGCCGAUGCGACGUUCCAACAGCAACUUGGAUCGUGUUCUCUCAGGCACGGGCAGCUUUCUGGACGCCUCCAACGCCGCGUUGCUACAGCAGUCGAUGGAGAAGCCGUCAGUGGGGGCUGCUCGGAAGAUGUUGGGACAACCCAUGGUUAGUACCGAUACGCUGAAUGCCCCGAACAGCAGCUUACACAGUCAAUCCAAGCCAAGGUCUCGAAGAAGGGUUUCCAGGAAGGAGAGGCUGUCAGUCAAGUCGCAACUGGAAUCUUCCAAUUCAGCGUUGCACUCGUCCGCAUCCGAGCUACUGCGCAGGAGCGAGCCGCAGAAGCCCAAGGUCAAGAGGAAGCUCUCGGGAUCAAACUCAAAGCUGGCACUCCUGGCAUCCAUGUCGCGAUCAGAGUCAAAAGGCUCCUUGGCGGAAGCUGCUGAAACCGGCGACAGCGGCCAACCUGGCCUCCGGCGAGUGACGACUGCGGGUUCUUUGACAAAAUUGCCGGGAUUUCGCAGAACCGACACUGAAAAUUCUAUCCAAAAGUUCAAGGCCAAUUCGCGCUCACUACGCAGCAGCGUCAAGGGGUCCCUGGGAAGAAGUGGGUCGGGCCCUGACUUGCUGGCAAAAGCAGGGUUGGGAAGAAGUGGUUCUGCGACUGACAUCCUCGCAAAGGCUGGGCUCGGCAAGAAGAUGAAGCCUUCGAAUAGUAUGGUCAUGAUGCCCGGAGUCGGACUUGCGUGCCUUCAGGAUAAGACGGAAGAAGAAAAGACCAAAGAACCACAGCACUGCCACAACGCAAAUUGGGCGUCGGGACCCAGGACAAGACCUUCAGUUUCAAAUCCAUUCCUGUCUGUCGUGCAAGGAACACCAAUCAAAAGUUCAACCCAACCACCAACUCCACCACAAACUCCGCCCCAGGGUUCCAAGCCUACUAUAAUGUCCGUAAAGUCGUUGUCGCAGGCAAAUAGGAGAGGCCGUGGUCCAAACAGAUCAAAGUCUGGUCCUCCCUUGAGACGUGAGAUUGGCCUGUUGACAGAUGGUGCUCCAAAGAACGAAUCCAAGAGUGGUUUGCGCCGCAAGAUCACCAUACCUAGUGGGAUUGGCGAAAAGAAUCGAUCUGCUAAUGACAUCUUGGCUUUGGCUGGUCUGGGGAAGAAGAAGCCCUCGAACAGCCUUGUAAUGAUGCCUGGAGUUGGGCAGAUAUGCUUGCAAGGGAGAGGAGGAUCUUCGAGUGUGCUUAGGGCUGUCGAAACCGAUCCCGAGGGAGGAGAAGCCGUGACAAAUCACCAAUGGAAUGUACAGUCACAACGUCGAAAACCAACAGAAAACCCGUUCCUAGCCUUUGUCAAUUCUGAGGGCAGACCAACCCCCCAGCAGAGAUCUCCCAAAAUUUCCCCGCAGCGGCCAAAGCCAACAAAAGUCAAACCUUUGUGCGAUGGCAGUGAGCGCAGCAACGGGUCAAGACGGAGCAAACGUGUGGGUGGUAGACCAAAGUUGUCUCGGAAAAAGUCUGAUAAAGACUUAGUGAAGCAUCUCAAUGAUUCCAACCCGUCGCGAGCUUUGGUAUUAGAUGACCUCAAACGGCUCAAAUCCCAGGGGAGAAGCAUAGUGAGGUCCACCCGAAACGUGAAGAAGUCUUCUUUUGAUAUGGAUGGAUCUGAACAUCAUUUCGUGACUGGUUCUCGAAUUCGAAGGUACAGCACCUUACAAGACUUUGAGCAGCAACAUCCGUUGGUCAGAUGA